CGCUCGCGAGCGGCAGAGGGCGUCGGGCAGCUCAAUGCAUUGACAGUUUGACCGUGAUUGUGCCCUCCCUCGUCUGCGCUGCCCAUCCUGGAAAUAAUUCUGCAUUCUUUCCCUGCGCUCCCGAUUGCGGCUCCUCAACGUGCCCGCCACGGCCAGAUCGAUCCCAACACUAGCAAAUUCACGCUUGUCUUGCCGCCUGCAGUAGCCCGACCACCCGACCAGCCUCGAGCACGAAGCUGUCCAGCCGGACCCGGGACGCUCUCAGCUCUCCCCUCAAACCCUCAAAACUGCGGCGCAGCCCGUCACACCUCACGUAGCUGCCAGCAUUUCUGACCGACGCAAUGGCAACCGAGACGCGAGACAUCAACAACCACGUCCUCUUUGAGGUCGCGACCGAGGUCGCCAACAGAGUGGGUGGCAUCUACUCUGUGCUCAAGUCCAAGGCCCAGGUCACUACCGCCGAGUAUGGCGCAGCAUACACGCUGCUGGGGCCCUGGAACAGAGCUUCGGCGCAAGUCGAGGUCGAGCCCAUAGAGCCCAAGGACCCUGCUCUGCUAGCGACCAUCAAGUCGAUGGACGAGCGCGGCAUCAAGACGCUGUACGGACGCUGGCUCAUUGAUGGAGCUCCUCGCGUGCUCCUCUUCGACACCAGCACGGGCUACAGGUGGCUCGACGAGUGGAAGGGCGACUUGUGGUCCUCGGCUGGCAUUCCCUCGCCCCCUGGCGACUCUGAGACCAACGAGGCCAUCGUUUUCGGCUACCUGAUUGCAUGGUUCUUGGGCGAGUACACAUUUCACGAGAAGAAGCGCGCUAUCAUCGUGCAAUUCCACGAGUGGCUCGCUGGCGUCGCAGUGCCGCUCUGCAAGAAGCGCCGCAUCGAUGUGACCACCAUCUUCACCACCCACGCCACGCUACUUGGUCGCUACCUCUGCGCUGGCUCAGUCGAUUUCUACAACAACCUGCAAUACUUCGAUGUCGACGCCGAGGCUGGGAAGCGCGGUAUAUACCACCGCUACUGCAUCGAGCGCGCAGCAACACACGCGGCCGAUGUGUUCACAACUGUCUCUCACAUCACCGCCUACGAGAGUGAGCAUCUCCUCAAGCGCAAGCCGGACGGCGUCCUCCCCAACGGUCUGAACGUCAAGAAGUUCUCGGCUACCCACGAGUUCCAGAACUUGCACCAGCAGUCCAAGGUCAAGAUCAACGAUUUCAUCCGAGGUCACUUCUACGGCCACAACGACUUCGACCCUGACAAGACCCUCUACUUCUUCACUGCCGGACGAUACGAGUACCGCAACAAAGGUGUGGAUAUGUUCAUCGAGUCUCUGGCACGAUUGAACCACAAGAUGAAGAACGAGAACUCGGACAUGACUGUUGUGGCUUUCAUCAUUCUGCCAGCACAGACCACUUCGCUGUCCGUCGACUCGCUCAAGGGGCAAGCUGUCAUCAAGUCUCUGCACGACACUGUUGACAACAUCGCUGCAAACGUAGCCAAGAAGCUCUUUGAGCGCUCAUUGACCUGGACUGAAGGCCAGGAACUGCCCGAAGACAAGGACCUGCUCUCGCCCCAGGACAAGAUCUUGCUCCGUCGCCGAUUGUACGCAAUGAAGAGGCACAACCUGCCUCCUAUCGUCACCCACAACAUGGCGAAUGACUCGGAGGACCCAGUCUUGAACCAGCUGCGAAGAUGCCAGCUGUUCAACCACCCUUCAGACCGCGUCAAGGUCGUGUUCCACCCUGAGUUCCUGAACUCUGCCAACCCCGUUCUUCCUCUCGACUACGACGACUUCGUCCGCGGAACCCAUCUCGGUGUGUUCUCAUCAUACUACGAGCCUUGGGGCUACACACCCGCCGAGUGCACGGUCAUGGGUGUCCCUAGCAUCACCACCAACCUGUCAGGAUUUGGUUGCUACAUGGAAGAGCUGAUCGAGAAUGCCCAGGAUUACGGUAUCUACAUUGUCGACCGCAGGAUGAAGGGCGUAGAUGACUCAGUCAACCAGCUCGUGGACUACAUGUUCGACUUCACAAAAAAGAGCAAGCGUCAGCGUAUCAACCAGCGUAACCGAACAGAGCGAUUGAGCGAUCUGCUUGACUGGAAGCGCAUGGGUCUCGAAUACGUCAAAGCUCGACAGUUGGCGCUGCGGAGAGCGUACCCCAACGCAUAUGAAGACGAUGAUGAGCCCGACUUCUUCAGCGCUAACGAGGCGAAGAUCUCGAGGCCAUUAUCUGAGCCCGGAUCGCCCCGGGACCGCUCGGGCAUGAUGACACCUGGCGACUUUGCCUCACUGCAGGAGGGUCGUGAAGGGCUGAGCACCGAGGACUACAUCGCGUGGAAGCUUCCCGAGGAGGAAGAGACGGACGAAGUGUUCCAGUUCCCGCUCACACUCAAGCCCAAGAAGGGCACAGGCUCGGGGGCGGUGACACCGACGCUCGAGACGCCCACCAAGGCCAACGGCACAGAGUAGGGGUGUACAUGGAGAAGAGCAGGCGGAAGAAGGUGCAUUGUCUGUUAAUGUUUUGUAUCCCUUUCAGGCCAUCGUUAUUGCAUGGAGAGAAGCCGCGACGCGUUACGAUGUACUACCAGAUCUGUCAAUACUAUGGUGCCCACAGUGCUAUUGAAGCAGUUCUCUUGAAUCAUGUCAGUGCUGU